AUGGAGACAAAAAAGACAGUUUGGCUGCGGGCCUUCUUUCUAAAAAUGCUCGUGACGUGUUCUCGUUGUGAUCAAUGGCCAUCUCCUACAGACAUUAAAAAAAGUGAAUCAGACACUCUUCAAACAGUGCUCAGUCUUUUGCAACAACACAUUAUAGACCAAGAUGUAAAAAUGAAGAACCUUGCGGAAGAACUUUCUGCUGUAAAGAAAAUGUUAUCACAAUGUGAUGUUACUACAUCUUCUUCAAAGACAAUAGAACCAAUGGACACACUAAAUUCAACAAAACCAGAGAAAGGCGGUGAUAUGACAGUUCCUUCUUCAACCUCAACUUCCUCGACAACAACAGUAACACCAUCAACUACUAAAGCACCAAGGAUAAUUGGUAGUAGAGGCAGUGAGUUUCUUAUCCUAUUUAUGAUGAAUCAUCCUUUUGCACAUGGGAACUUGACUAUUUACUUAACGUCAAUCGACGAAACAACAGUUAAAAUAUUAACAUCCCCUCAUUUGAAUACAAACAUUAAAUUGGUGAAUAAUUUUACCUCCAGCUUCACACUAACCCUUCCCCGCGACAUUGUUUGUGAAUAUUUAACUGUUGAACCUAAAGGUCUAAUACUACAGACUUCAGAAUUAUCAACUGUAACAAUCUUUGAUAGAUUUUAUACGUCCUCAAACGAUGGGACUCUGAUUAUUCCAACACAGAAACUCUCCAACAAAUAUAUCAUUUCUUCAACAGAUCCAAAUAGGUACAGUCAAUUUGCUAUCGGAGCACUCUAUAACAGGACAACUGUAGAGAUUACAUUCAAAUUUAAGGCUAAUACUCCUCUCACUAUACAGGGUAAAUCAUAUAGUGACGGGGAUAAUUUCACCGUGAUAUUAGAAAGAUUUGAAACAUUACAAAUCGCACAUACCACGGAACCUUUAUAAGGUCAACAAAUCCUAUUGCAGUCUUUUCUGGAAAUCGAUGUCAAACUUUGAGAAAUGGUUGCAGUCACAUGGUAACACAGCUUCCUCCGACAAACGAGAUAGAUACUGAAUACAUUGUACCACCUUUUUAUAACAAUGACGGGACAUUAAUUCAAGUACUUUGUGAGAAUAGUAGUUCCAUUAACUCCAGUGUCGGUAACAGUGUUUCAAACUUUCUUUUAAAUGAAAAAGGAUACAAGAACAUUGAAGUUACUUCAAAUAUGACAACAGUUAUAGAAUCAGAUCAGCCUGUGCUUGUUACUGCUUUCGGAAUGGGUUCUAAAUCCAAUCGUUAUCAUCCGUACAUGACGGUCGUACCAGGAAUUCAUCAGUAUCUCGAUUACUAUAAGAUUAUUGUACCAGAAGGAUAUCAGGAAAAUUUUAUUUGCGUGAUUGUUCAAUCACAAUCACUGAACAAUCUACGGAUUAACGGAUUUUCAGCUUCUCAUUACACCUCUGUGUACCAGGCCGCAGUGACCCUAACUAAACAUUUCAGUAUUCGUAUCUUUAAAAUCCAAAGUGGAACAUUUGUUUUGUCAACAACCGAUGCUUCACAGUUUGGACUUAUUGUUAAUGGUCAUCGAAUCAAUGACGGUUACGGUUUUGCCGGAAAUUUUGUUCAUUGAUAAGCUUCUAAUGAAAAGGGAUAAUUUGUGAAUUCUUAAUUUUGUAUCGUUUUUCUUUUGGUAUUUUAAUUUAUUUCAAGGAUGUUAAGUAUUUUUGUGUCUUGUUUGAAGAUUAAUACUAAGCUACUUUAUGUGUACAUUGCAUGUAAAAAAAAAAAAAAAAGCUCCAUUAUUUAGCAGUUUCGACGCGCACAAAAAAGCUUAUUCAUGAAAAUUGAAACCGUUACUAAAUUAUUUUUGAAUGGAAUAUACGACGCAGCAGUGUGCAGUGACAAUACGUUAAAAAGUUAAUCACCCAAUACCAAGUUGUUCCGCUAAAUUUUGGGUUAAUUUAUUUAUUUAAAAAGUUGUUCAUUUUGGAAGGCGACAGCAAAUGUAAAUUUGAUCAUUUCUAUCAUUAAUGCGGGUAUGUAUAUCAGAAUUAUUCACGCACCUCUACUUUGAAAGAGAUUAUCAUAAUCAUGCAGCUCAAAAAUGAGUAUUUUUAGCUCACCUGAUUUGAAAGCUCAAAUGAGCUUUUCGGAUCACAUUUUGUCUGCAGUGCGCCCGUCUGCCUGUCUGUAUGUAAACUUUCUAAUAUUCGACUUUUUCUCAAAAACCAAUGAGCCAGUUUUAACCAUACUUGCCACAAAGCAUCUUUGAGUGGAUGGUUUUCAAAUUUGUUCAAAGGAAGGGCUACAGCCUCUUUGAAGGAGAGAUACUUAAGAAAUAGUGAAAAUUAUAGUGGCAUAUUUUAAAAAUAUUCUUUUCUAGAACGCCUUGUAAUGUGCCAGAAAAUUUGAAACUUAUGUGGGAACAUUCUCAAUUGUGCAGAUUUCAAAGGAUUUUAUUCGGUAAGAAACAGUAUUUCCCCCAAAGUCAAACUAUAACGGAAAAAUAGAAUUUUAUGUUUCAUAAAAUGUUUUAUAUACACUUUUUUACAUUGUUUUUGACAUAUUUAGAUUAAAAUUGCAGUUGUUAUGUAUUUUAUGUAUUAAGAACGGGAUCGACUAGAUCGGGAUCGAACUCAUGUUUGGAUCGGGUUCGGCUUGAUCGGGAUCGAGUGCUCAAUUAAUUUAAUUUUGCGGAAAAACGAGGUUGUUGUCAAUUUUGAGAGAUGAAUAAAAUUCAUUUGAAGCUAUAUUUUCUACUCCUGUAACACAACCUCAGAUGAUUUGCCAGUUUGAACAGUUAGAUUGAUUGUGCAAUUGUCUCAAUCAAUAACUAGGCAUGGAGGUAAAAACCUGAUAUCCCAAACCGCACACUCUACUUCUUUGAAGAGUUUACUGGGUGUUUAUGACUAAAAGAAACAUACUUGGAUAAUUCACGGCUAAAUGAACAUACAUUUAAAUUGUUAAUUGGGGCCACGAGCUAGCCAGCUCAAGAGAAUUAUGUAAGUUGGUUAGCAGACAUCCAUCCAAGCAGGCGACCCUACAAUUAAAGUGAUAGACAACAAUAAUCUUCCACAUGAUCAAUGUCACCAGUUCACCAGCAAUAAUUUAAUUUGGCACCACUGCAGUUCGUGGAACCCAGACAUGAAAUACUUGGCCACUGAUGAGGUUCACCUAAAAUACAGCAGCCACGAUGGGUUCGCCACGACCACCGGUUUAUGAAGAAGUACCUUCAGAACAUCAAAAGUGUUGUCCUCCAUGCCUCCCAUCUGAUUGAAUGGGAUAAUAAGGAUAAGUAGUACAUUGCACAUAUGAUGAUAUAUGG